AUGCGGCAAACGGUUGGCAUAACCCCCCGCGAUGACUUGAAUGUGGACGACCACGACUCCACCCAUGCAAUGGCCAACUCGAUGCCGUCGGUUGGGCGGAGACGAAGUCAAAGGGCUUGUGAGAUGUGUUAUCGGAAGAAGACUCGGUGUGAAGUUGAGGGGUCUGCCUCGAUUUGUGUCCAGUGUCUAAGGCGUCGGACGAAUUGUGUAUUUCCUACCGUGUCGGAGACGAACGAGGAUGACCAAACAGAUGAAUAUGUGGCUUCUUUGAAAGAUCGUCUCUCAAGGGUCGAAACCUUGCUGAAGGCAGCCGGUGUCUUGCAUGAAGGUGACAUCAGUCCAGAUGAGCUAUCAGAUGAUGACUAUGAUCCAUCUGAUGAAAAGGGGGAUUUCUCCCAACGCCCUCAAUCUUCGGGUCAAACAUCACAUGUCUCCUUUGCCUCUCGUGCGUCAUCUGGGGAGGUGGACUACUUCCCUAGCGUAGGCGACGUAGAGGGUGCCCCCAUUUUCAAGUCUCACGAGCGAGACGACUCCCGAUAUUUUGGACGCUCAUGUUCAUUAUCACUGCUUUCACGAGGCGGGAUCGAAUGGAUCAAGAGCAAGACGGGUGAUGUCAGCUUCCUGAAAAUCUUAGAUACCGGCUCUAUCCAUGACAAUCCAUGGACUCAAUGGCGCCCCGAUGUAUUUCACGACCUGUUCGCCUCCCAAGUCUACAAACCCCUUCCACCCAGGUCGGAGGUCUUCUCCCUUAUAAAGGACUACUUUAAUACGGCUAACCGGCUGUUCCCCAUUUAUCAUGAAGACACUUUUAUGAAGAUGGUGGAGUGGCAAUAUACACAGCAAACCUGUGAGGAUGCCGCUCGAUGGGCGAGUAUUAAUAUGGUUAUCUGUCUGGCAUACGAGUUUCGGUUCUCGAAUAGCUUGAAGCCGGAAAAGGAUCGAGAAAAGGCCCGGCUAUACUUCAAGAAUGCCAUGUCGGUGUUUACGGACCUGGCCUUGCGCCGUACGGAUCUCUUGAGUGUGCAGGCUUUGCUGAGCAUGGCUUUCUUCUUGCGUGGGAAUUCUGGUACUCAAUCCGCGUUGCCGUUUAUUACAGCAGCUAUGCGGUCAUGUCAGCGAAUGGGACUUCAUCGAGAUCUUCCAAGGCCAGAGUUGAGCCUCGCCGAGCAAGAACAGAGGCGGCGAGUGUUCUGGGUGGCUUUUACUGUUGAUCAGAGUACAUGCUUGCGUGCCGGUAACGCUCCCUCUCAACACCCCGAGGACUUUGAUGUGCCUCUGCCUGAAGAACUCGAAGACGACCGCGACUCCACUUCUUCAACCAAUAUCCCCUUCUUCCGCCAACUAUGUCGCAUGUCUCUCAUCAAAAGUCGCAUCUUCUGUCAACUAUAUUCCGCCAAGGCACUGCUCAAGUCACCUCAUGAGAUUUACCAAUCAGUCAAAGAACUCGAUGCGGAACUCAGAGCGUGGAGACGUGACUAUCCCUUUGAGGAUAAUCCCCGGCAGAAAGUCGCUGAACCCAACUUUCUAAUGGGAUUUGCGGCUAUUGGCCUCCAUUUCGUCUAUUAUAAUGCUCUAAUCAUGAUUCACCGAAUACCCCUCCUACUCAAUUAUCUUAUUAACGAACGGGCGGAACCGUCGGAGCUAAAGGCACUCAGCAAGGCACAUGCAGCCAAGUCCAGUGUCAUCUGUGUGACUGCUGCGCGGGAUACUCUUCGGAUGGUUAACAAUAUGCCAUGGGGAGACAUUGCAUGGGUGUGGUCCUUGUUAUACUACAUCUUCCUAGCUGCUGCAACCAUCUUCUCACAUAUCAUCCGCGACACCCGCAGCGCUCAAAUUCAAGAAGACCUCCAAUCCCUCAACAUGGCGGCAACUUUCUUCGCAACUCUGUCCCAUCCAGGCGAAGGGGCCGCCCAUUAUGCCGGCUUCAUGACCCGCAUGAGUGCCAAUCUCGAACGCAUUGCCAAACUGGCAAUCGAGAAAGAAGAAAAACGGGCCCGGAGCCCAGAUGACCGUGACCAGGAGAGCCAGCAGCCCGGUGCAAAACGGCAUAACCAUCGAUCCUCAAGAUCACACGCAAAGACCCGUCAUCAACCCUCAACCCUCCGCACAUCGACAACCACCGACUCCACGCGGUCCCACCACCACUCCACCUCCACAGCUCCACAUGUAUCAAAUGCGUCGACCGCAGCUUACCCCCACAUGUCCGCACUGAGUAUCCCCGAAGCUAUCGAGGGCUUGCCACCCGUCAACUCAGAAGGUUAUGUCGUCCCACUGAGCCCAAGCGUGACAAAUUCCUUCCCUUCAUCGAUACCCUCACAACCCACAAUCCCAUCCGCAAACUACCCAACCGGCCUGGGCCUGCAAGACCUCAACGGCACCACAACUACAGACUUCCCAUCCAACACCCUCCCCGCCUGGCAACUAGGACAAGAGAAUGCGGCCCAGACAACCGAUUCUUCCCCACUAGAAGGCACACAAUCCCCCUUCUCAACGAGCAGCACCACACCAGGCACAACCAUGUUCCCUGCCUCAUGGCAAGUGCCUCUAACAGCAGACUGGCAAUUCGGCGAUAACAUCUGGUCCGGUCUCUUUCCCGCCGAAACCAUCGCCGCCUCCGCACAGGCAGAAAAUGUUCAACUCCCCAUUCUAUCUGCGGAAUCGUUCUUGAAUGUCCCUCCCGAGGCGGAGCUAGAUAUGAGUGCUGCCGACACGGGUUAUACGGGAGUGGGCAUGGGGUAUAAUAAUUAUAUGCCGCCGAGGGGGGUGCAGGAUCAGGGGAUGGGACAGGAUACGGCGGAGAUGAUUUGGCCGAAUGGGUUUUUGGGGUUGUUUUAG